AUGGAAGACAGCCAAUACCGACAGGCGGGACAGGCGAAUGGGUAUGGCCAGGCAGAUGCUACUAAACAGAGAUUCAUGGGCCCACCGCUAGCACCAGUGGAUACACGAAGCCCCAAUGGCAGCUCAAACCAUUCCCCUGUCGAUGGGCGACACAGUCGGAGUAAGGACCUGACACAAGAUUUGCCGGUCAGAGAAAGGUCACGAACUAACGGGGCAUCUGGCGGGAAAUCUCAUACGGUGAGACUUUGCCAUAAGUGUGGCGAGCCUUUGACCGGGCAAUUUGUGAGAGCUCUUGGUGGUACUUUUCAUCUAGAGUGCUUCAAAUGCCGAGACUGCGGACAAGUAGUAGCCUCGAAGUUUUUUCCCGUUGACGACGAAGAAGGCGAAGGUCAAUAUCCCUUGUGUGAGACCGACUACUUUCGCCGCCUUGAUUUGCUAUGCUUUGAUUGCGGCGGCGCUCUUCGUGGAUCCUACAUUACGGCCUUGGAACGAAAAUAUCACAUUGAACAUUUCACGUGCUCAGUUUGCCCGACUGUUUUCGGUGCCCAGGACAGCUAUUACGAACACGAAGGCAAGGUCUACUGUCAUUACCACUACUCAACGCAGUUCGCACAACGGUGUAACGGAUGCCGAACUGCGAUAUUGAAGCAAUUUGUGGAGAUCUUCCGGAACGGCCAAAACCAACACUGGCAUCCGGAGUGUUACAUGAUACAUAAAUUUUGGAAUGUUCGUCUGGCACCGUCAGAUGCGGAUGGCAAUUAUCAAGUGCUAUCGGAAACAAAUGCAACAGAAGAGAAACGAACACUGGUGCGAGAGGAAGAGGAGCAAAUGGAAGAGAAAGUUUACAGGAUAUGGAGCGUUCUCUCCGCUUUCGAAGAGUCCUCAGCAGCUUGCAUUUCUGAUAUGCUUCUCCACGUCAGCAACGGGUCCUACGUUGAAGGCAUUGUGACGGCGAGAAAGUUCAUCUGGCAUGUGGACAUUCUCUUCAGAGCUACUGACAAACUAGAUUUUUUGAUGGUCUCGGAAGGAAUUAAAGGACUCUCGUACGGACGGGAGGCGAAGUUGCUUUGUAAGAAGAUUGUGGCCUUCUUUUCACUUCUCUCAAAGACUCAGGAAACUGGUGUCAAGAAAUUGGGCGUAACGCAGGAGCUUUUGUCUCUGGUCACAGGACUAGCCCAUUACCUCAAGCUCCUCAUUCGUAUCAGUCUGCAAGGUGCACUGAAGCUCGAACGUGAACAACGGAGCAACGAGGGACUCCACCAUUUUCUUGCGGAUUUAGAGAAUCUAAAUUCCAUUAAAAAGGCCGAGACUUCUGACCUUCACUCUGGCGUCGCGGGCUUGUCUAAUCAACAGUCAGACAUCUGUCAUAAAUGCAAAGAGCCGAUCGAUGACGAGUGCGUCAAGUUGGACCAGCAAAGAUGGCACAAGAACCACUUGGUCUGCGAUUAUUGUGAACGAGUGGUGGGCCAUCCGGAUUUGAGCGAUGCAUUGUGGAGCGAGCGGGAAGGUCAGAUCGUAUGCCGACGCUGUUUUGAAGAAAGGCGGGAGGCCUCGGAUGCCAUCGCCUGCUUUGAGCCGGUUACAAGGCUCCAGCAAUACGUAUAUCUCCUUCGAGUAGCGCUCGCCAGGCUGCUCUCCGUGCUUCGAUCCGGGGGCACCCUUCCUCAUACUUCAGAUGACCCGAACCUUACAACCUAUGAUUCAAAUGAGGGUCAUCGGCUAAACGAGAGCGGGCAAAUAGAUCCACCCCUGCUCAGGGCAGAUUCUCGAUCUAAGUCGUAUGGUGGAACCGGGACCUCAGCAGCCGAGAGCAAUCAGUCAUCCUACCAGCAGACGGUGGGCGAGAUGAAACGACUUCGAUCUACGCGUAUGGAUACACAGUUAUCCACCAAUAUUAAGAAAGCUCGCACCUCUCGAAUACUUGAUGGACCAGAGGGUCGUCGACCGGGAUCGGCCGGAGCAGAUGGCUCAGACCAAAAGCAGCAUUCCUUUCAUAUCGUGGAAGACCGGGAUCCUAACAAUGAUGUGCCAAGCAGUAACCUAACGUUCGGCCAUCAAGACGCACUGACACUGGAUGACAUCCCAAGAAUAGUCGCAGCUGAGCAAGCGAAAGAGCAACGACCCAAUGCUUAUAAGCACGCCAAGCAUCAACUAAUUGGCAAUGGCGGACAUCAACCUAAGUUUUAUAGCGGUCACCAACGUGGUGUCUCUGGUGGCAACGAUCUCGACAUACCAGGUGGUGACUCAGGCGCUCAGCGAACGAAGAGGUACUUCUCCGAACUUUCUGCAUUGGAAUACUUCAUCGUUCGUCACGUUGCGGUGCUCUCCAUGGAACCAUUGCUGGAAGGUCAUUAUAAUCUAGAAGAUCUGCUCAAUUUGAUCGAGACGAGAAAACCGACUUUCUGGGGCAAAUUUGGCAAGGCUUUCCAGAAGAACGACAGACCAAGAGGAGGCAAGAAGAAGGGCGUCUUUGGUAUUCCUUUGGAUGUGCUUGUGGAAAGGGAUGGUGUGGAAUCUACCUACGGCGUUGGUCCUGGUGCAUUAAGAGUCCCUGGCAUUGUCGACGAUACGAUUUCGGCGAUGCGGCAAAUGGACAUGUCCGUCGAGGGUGUAUUCCGCAAGAACGGCAACAUCAGAGGACUCAAAGACCUGAGUGAGAAGCUUGACCAAAAGGAGGUCGAGGUUGAUCUAUCGAAGGAAAAUCCUGUGCAAGUGGCUGCUCUACUCAAAAAGUUUCUCCGGGAGCUUCCCGACCCUCUGCUUACCUACAAGCUCUACCGGCUGUUUGUCACGUCUCAAAAAAUCGAGGAUGAAGCAAAGCGAAAAAGAGUGCUCCAUCUAACUUGCUGUCUACUUCCCAAGAGUCACCGGGAUACGCUUGAAAUACUGUUCUCCUUCCUUGUCUGGGCGUCAUCCUUCUCACAAGUCGACGAAGAAUCUGGAAGCAAGAUGGACACUCAUAAUCUUGCAACCGUUAUAACGCCCAACAUCCUCAAAGACAAAACCGCAGUCGUCGGUCAGGACGAAAACAGCUUCUUAGCCAUCGAGGUCAUUAACACUUUGAUCGAAUUCAAUGACGAGAUGUCCGAGGUCCCCGAAGACCUUCAAUCCAUUCUGAACGACUCCUCGCUUUUCAACAACAGCUCCGACAUAACUACCAAAGAAAUUCUCAAACGCUACGGCGACAUCGGGAGAUCACCUGCACACCGCCCUAUAAUCACAGAACAAGCUGCCGAAUCGCCUCCAUCUCGGUCGAAAGACAACAACACUCCCAACAAUGCCAAGCCCGCCGCUCCCGUUAUCACUCAUGUCGAUACAGACCCUUACCAAACGCCAGCAUGGCCGAAGGAGUCAUCGGUACGGCAUGUUCAAGGUCAAGCCCAGGGGGCACCAACCUAUCCAUCGACUUCGAAUAACACGCCGCCGCAACAACAGUUUGAAUUCAAUAAUCCAACGAGCCCAUAUCACCGCAGAGGAGGUAGCAGUGACAGUCAAGCGAGCAACAGAUCCGGUGGUCACGGUCACAGUCACAAGUACUCAGGCUGGGGCAAGCAAGGUACACCUGGACCUAUGGGUGUCACAGGUGCAGGCUAA